AAAAAAAAAAAAAUCACACAUUGAUCAGCGUGUUUUGGAUAUCUGGCCCCGCAAAGCGCUGCCUGAGGAUUUAGCGUGACGACCUCUCUCCUCCACUCACAGCGCAGCAGCAGUGGGGGCGGGGGGGAGCGAGGCCGUCUUCAGCGCGUGCACAACAGAAUUAUUAAUUAAAUAACCCGCAGGUUUAUUUAAUGCAUAAUUCACAACUUCUCUCAGCUCAUUUUCUGUAAUUUACCCAUUUCCAGUAAUUGGUCAUUUGUGGCAUUAUUGAUUAAUUAUGAACACCUUGUUAAUCAAUAAUUUGAUGGUUAAAUCACUCUGUGGUCUGCUCCAUUCCCAAAUAACAAUGAAUUAUACUUCAUGCACGGACCGUAGACACCAAAGUGGAUUUUAGCGUGAAAACAUUAAAGAAAGGCAUUUUAGACAAAAGAUAGCAGAGUUGUAAAUUUUUACUGACUUUCUACAAAACCAACGUUUCUUCCCACAUCUUCUAGCAGCAUGAACGAAAAGACUUCAUACUUCCUGGGCACGUAGCUUACGUUCCUGGUCACAUGUUGAUGUCAUGACGUCACGAUGAAAAUGAAAGUAUCAAGAGAUAAUCUGCGUGUUACAACCGUGCAGCGUUACUUCCAUGGCGGCCCUCCCCGAUUAAAACAGACUGCGAGUGUGAAGACAAUGCGAAAUGUGAGGGAAUGAAACCUUAAAAAAAUCAAUGGAGGGGAAGUUUUCACUGAGCUUCUUGAUCGAAUGAAGAUCGAUGACUGCCUGUGUGAAGCUUUCUGGAAACAGCUGAUGGCAGAUCAGCUGACUGAAUGAGUAGGAAUUAUGUUUCCUCCAGUUGGCUGAGCAAGAGAGAGUCUGAUUUUAUUUCAUGAGAUGCUUGUAAUCUUGCAUAAGAAGAACCAAGGAUUUUUGAGUCAGUCAUAACCUCUUGAAGCUCGCUUUCCCUCACAUGAGACAUUCUCAUAGUCAUCUCACUAAGUUUCUCUCGGCGAGUUGCAGAUGAAGCUUUUCAGGUCAUUUUUUUGUGAUGAAGUCCAAAGAGGUUUCUUUUUGCAACUUUCAAACCUCAGUAACAGAUCCACACACCCAGACUUGCGUUGCACAGGCAGUUUUAAAGGCACACCAGUAGAGGGCAGUAUACUUACACUGUUGAAUGUGUUGGGUGAACGUGAAGCCACCAUCUCUAUUCUUUUCUUUUUUUCCAACAAAAAACAGACCAGUUUUGCCAGACCAGGGAAAACACAUAGAAUAUAUGUUUAUGAAGCAGAGCUGUCGCCUCUCACAGACAAACUCUAAACUCACAUUCAAGUUUCAGGGUUUUUCUUUAUUCAGCUUACAAAUCUGUGACAUUUAUUGUUGUCUUGUGACAAAUGGUUUUUGUUUAGUCAUUUUUAUAUUAGAUCGCAUUUACUGUAUUGUAUUUAUUUUAUUCCCACACUGAAAAACAGUUCGAGUCCUUCCUGUGUGGAGUUUGCAUGAUCUUCCUGUGUAUAAAUGAUUCACAGUCAGCUGAAUACAGUGAGGCGAGACGGAUGAUGGAGAGAUAUCCCUGCAGUAUAUUUAUUUUCCUCACCCUCAGGAUUUACCACAAACUGCACCCUGAUUGUGUAAUGCAGACACAAGUAUGCAAAUGUGGCAGCAUUUCUGUUGAAAAUGAAAUACAGGACAAUAUUUCUCACAGAAAUCACUUGUCGGCAACAGAAAUUAUUCUUCGAUAAUGUUUUGUGUUGAUUAAAGCAGAGGAAUGAUGAGUGUUGUCAAAUUCAUCACCACAUAAAAGUACAAAACUUAUCAAGGUUUAUAAUUAAGUUGUUAAACGCAUGCUUCAUUACUGAGAAUUCAUUAUUUUUCUGUGCCAUUUUGUGGUUGCUUUGCUUUAUUUUUUUUCCUGCAUGUGCAUAAUAUCCGUGAUUUAGUUUUACGGUGAAAUUAAAAUAAUGGGAAUAAAGCAACAAGUCCUCCAACUCAAACACCACAGUGGUCAUUAAUUCAACAAGCGCCCCCUAGUGACUAUGUAAAUAAUGUCACAGACAUCACGGAGUGACGGAGGGUUUUAUUUUUUGAGUGGAGUCAGUUGCAUUGAAUUACAUUUAACCACAAAUACAAUUCUCUGCAUUGAAUGACUUCAGUCUUAUUUUAGAAACAGAACAAAAUAUUUUAAAUUGUUUCUGAAACAGAUCAGAAGCCACAAUAUGAACCACAGAAACAAAACAAAAAACAAAAAUCUAUAGGAUGAGGAAUCUCUGUAUUGUAAUUUACAUGAUGCUUCUCUAGAGACAAAUAUGUACGUGUAUGUAUGUGUGCCUCUCUUUUUUUUGUUUGUGCACUGAGGCUUGGAAGAAGACUAGUGCCACACAGUCCUUGAGAUGAGCUCCAAAAGCAGAUGCAGGCCUGAAACCUGAACUGUGAAGCCUCUGGUUACGAUAAAAUCAGAAUCUGCUGGAAAUAUUCCAAAAACUCCUCCCAAACUGGAAAUAGCUUCAGGAAGGAGCGAUUUCUAUUACUUGUUUGAUAACAUGGGGACAUACGUCCAACAGCCACAGAGGGACACAUCUCAUGAACAAAAAUGGAGGAAACAGAAGUUCACUUGAAAAUCACUUUACAGUGUUGGACAAAGGUGAAAAUGCCACCCUGGUGACAGAGCCGAAACCUAAACCUGAGACUCCGAUGCCCUUACUCUACAAAAAAAUGUUUGAGAAGGCUCCUGUGUGGGAUUUUGAUGAUGUUUACAACCAGGAUGCCCCCCCUCGACCCGCAACGUGUGCCCAGUCACUGAGAAACUCAAAGGAUGAAUUCUUCAUGAAGGCUUUUCUUCCCAACGUCCGUUUAUUUCUACACAAAGACAGCAUCAACAUGAGCGAGUGGAACCGGCUUUCACAUUUUAACAAUCCCUUUGGUUUUAUGGAGUAUAAAUACGAGGAAGUGGUCCCUGUCCUGAAACUGAUUCCAAAGCCCAAAGAGCCACUGCUUUCCCCCAAACCAGGGAGCAACGGCUGUGUGCGCUGUGCAGUGGUGGGGACUGGAGGAAUCCUCAACGGCUCCAAAAUGGGGGCUGAGAUUGACGCUCAUGAUUACGUCUUUCGGAUGAAUGGUGCAAUCACUCAGGGCUUUGAGGAGGAUGUGGGGAACAGGACAUCGGUGUACGUUCACACAGCUCACUCCAUCACCACAACACUCUAUUUGCUCAAGAAAUACGGAUACCAAGCUGCCCCCCAUGAUGAGGGUAUCAAAUAUGUGAUGAUUCCUGAGGGGCAGAGAGAUUAUAACUGGCUCAACGGUCUUCUCAAAGGAGAAAAAAUCACUAAGGGUCCCUACCACAACAAGGAGCCAAGGAAGUUCUACUCAGGUCAGUUCAAUGAGACCCGCUUCUAUGUUCUACACCAGGACUUCCUCCGGUACGUCAAGAACAGGUUUUUGAAAUCGAAAAAUCUCAAUCGCCGCUACUGGGCGAUAUUCAGACCAACCAAUGGAGCGUUUGCCAUCUUUUUGGCUCUGCACACGUGUGACACAGUGGAUGCGUACGGAUUCAUGACCAAUGACUACAUGAAAUACCCCAACUACUAUUAUGAAAGGGAGACGAAGACCAAAGUGAUUUUCUACACUAACCAUGACUACAUACUAGAGAAGGACUUGUGGCACAAGCUUCACAACAGUACAAUUUUAAAUCUGUAUCAGAGGACAUCAGAAACAGAGGGAGAAAAACCAGCGCCGCCCUGACACGCCGAGGCCACGGUUCAAAAGAGGAGCCAUAUUGUUUACGUUUCUGUCGACGAAUGAUUGUAUCAAAUGCAUCCAUGGUGUGUCAAAGACAGGUUUUAUUUUUAUCUAUGAAGUUGGGAUGGGAUAAUAAUUAGACCCUCCAGAAAAACGCGAGCAAAAAUUGAUUAUGCGUACUUAAAUCCCAGAUUAUGCGAGCUAAAAUGCUUGAUUAUGCAAAUGAAUAUGUGGGGUUUUUAUGUGGGGGUAAAAUUGCAGACAGUUGUGAAGUAUGCUGUGAAAUAUGCAAAAGGAUGCCAGAUAUGUAGGUUACCCACACUCUCUCUCUCUCUUGCACGCACACACACACGCACGCACGCGCGUGCACACACACACACACACACACACACACACACACAAACACACACACAGACACCACCAAAUCACAUUCAUAUUAUAUUAGUUCGUUAUUUAUCUUAAAUUGUUACUCACCAAUGCUCAUCAAUGGAACACACACACACACUUUAUCACAGGUUUUAGCAAUUUGUGUGUGUGUGUGUGUGUGUGUGUGUGUG